UGCACUGGAGCAUCAUUAAUCAGUGUUGUGAUCCAUCAAUUAUACAUGACUGCUGGAAGCCACUAAAGCAUAAUUGAGUGAUAAUUGGGGCUCGUGGAGGCGGAGCUUGUGUCCUCUGAAGUGUGUGAUGUCACUUCCUGUGUCUGGGCGCCAGAGGUCUAUUUAAACGCUGAGGACUGAGCGAGAGAGUCCGGAGCUUCAGGAACGCAGUGGUGUGUUGGUGAAGUUCUGCUGGUAAACGUGUGUGAGCUCAUGUUUCUGAUGUUGAAGACUCCAGGAUCUCAACGACUCGCUUUCAUGAUCCUGAUGGUGAUCGCAGCCGUACAGUGUCAGGAGAAUGAGAGCAGACGAGCGGUGACUGAGCAUCAGCUGAUGCAUGAUCGCGGUCGCUCCAUCCAGAGUCUGAAGAGACUGAUCUGGCUGUCCAGUGCGAUCGAGGGUCUUCACACGGCCCAGAUGCGCACCGUGACCCCUGAUGACCCGGACAUCAGGUGGCGCUCUCAGGCUCCGGGGCAGAUCUUCUCUCAGUCCGGCCACAAGAGGGCGCUGGAGACGCUGCUGAGAGACAUGUACACACCCCACCUCAUGCAAGAUCUGCUCGCAAAUAUGCACAAUAGACAAAUAACCACCUAUUCUGAUCUCCCGGGAAAACUAACCAAUGACAGUCCGACCCGUCUGUAAUAGAGACAGAGCAACACGUCAUAAUCUGAAACUACGCCCACCGGGCAGGAAAACAAUCCAACUUCUGGCGUUAAGAUUAAACAAACAAAAAACAAAACAAUGUCUAAAAGCUGCUAUGACAAGGUGUACAGCAAACAAGCUAAAAAGAUAAAUAAGUUUAAAAAGCUGUUGACCCCAAAAAACGAGCGUUUAAGGACACAAAAGAGGAGACCGGCUGGUGCAAAUGGGUAACUGUGGGAUCCUGACACUCAGUAUGCGCUAAAAAUACACUACAUGUGCAGUAAACAUUUAGACCUAAGUCAAAUAUCCAAAUGUCAGUUUUAUACAUUAUAUUUCUGUAAGGUACGCUAUUCUGUCGCCGAUUACGUUCUCCUCAGUGGCGUAAAUUAGUUCUCAGAGUAAUAGACACGGUGCGCUCUCUCUCAAUCGCCUGUUUCCACUUUUGUGUCUUUAAACGCUCAUUUUUUGGAGUCGACAGAUUAUAAAAACGUAUUUCUGGGUUGUUUCGCCUGUUUGCUGGACACCUUGUCUCAUAGCAGCUUUGAUUUGUUUGUUGUUAGAAAUUAUAAAUGACGAGGACGCAGAUUUACACAAUACAGGCUCAAUGGAGACGGCUGGAUUAUUUUUCCCGCCCGGUGGGCGUGGUCUAAAUGCGCUCUGUCUCGAGACUGAGUGAGUGGAGAAGCUUUACCGAACAAAACUAGAUCGUUCUCAUUAUAAUAUACAAACAAAACUAGCUAGUUUUGUAAAGACAAACGUAUUUAUUAGGAUGUAAGCGAUCUAGUUUUGGCGCGUUUUCUACAUCUGCGCGCGCAGAUUAACGGUCACCCGUGAUCGUCACCUAUAAAUCUGCCUGCAAGUCUUGUACGUUUACUGUGGUUAGUACACGUCCAAAAACAUGGUAUAUGUAUAAAAAUACUAUGGUGUUUUUGUUUUGUAAGCAUUUUGUUUACUUAAUGUGUGUGAUGGGUUUCAAAUGUCUCGCUGUUAUGAUAUUUAUCUAUAACUGUGGCUAUAAACAGAUCACAUUUUUGAUUUAUUAUGUGUGUGUGAUUAAAGAUGCUUUUAAGUAAACCACUGUUUAUAGCAGAACUCAUUUCGGCUGAAACACCUCAAAUAUAGUGAAUGUGUGUUUGUAUCUGAAUUGUAAUCCAUAAAAAGAAGAACCACACACCAAAACAAUACGUUUUAUUCGUUUUUCUAACAACAGUGAAGGUCGUUUACCAUUUAGUGUAUUUAUUUAUUGCUUGCCAAUGCCCAACUAUUUCAUAUCCAGCUGCAACCCAAGUUUAAGAUUAGUUUGCAGUUUAUAAAUACAAAACUCCUGCAUUUCACAGUGCUCAGUAUGAAUAUGUGAAUAUAAAAUGAUAAAUAAAGUCAAAUUGAAGUUCCACUCAGCUAACUGAGAACGUUCUGACAAGGUUCUCUCAAAGUUAAAGACAAGCGUUUUAUUUCUAACGCAUGUUCGUCAUGUUGUUUAAAUGUUUGUAAUUGUUUCAGAAUGUUCAAAACUAAUGUUCACAUAAUGUUUGAAGAAUGAUGUUCCUUAACAUUCACAUAACCAAGAAAAAACAUUAAAAAAAACUAGAUGUUUUGAACGUUUGUGAGCGUAACUUUAUGGGAACAUUGGCAAAAAGUUCUUAGAACACAAGCUCAGAAUAUAAAACAGUAUGAAAUAUGAAUUAAACAUGAACAAAGUAAACAUGAACAAAACGCAGUGAUUUCAUUCAAACAUAAAA